UCCUGCGGUGUGUGUGUGUGAGUGUGUGCGUGCGCGUGUGUGUGUUGCUGAAAGAGAGAAAGGGGACAGGACAACACAGCCAGGCGGUAUACACACACACACACACACACUCUCUCUCUCGCUCUCUCUCUCACACACACACGCGUGCGCGCGCACCCGCACACGCACACACACACGCGCGCGCGCGCACACACACAGGCGCUCGCGCCGUCCCUACACGCAGCCUGACGCAUAAACGCUCCGCCGCCGCCGGUACCUUCCUGAUCACUACAAUGGACCUAUUCGAGCUGGACUUCUUCAGGGAGUGGGAGCUGGAGCAGCAAUGCCAUUAUGAACAGGACCGUUCAGCGCUGAAGAAGAAGGAAUGGGAGCGUCGCACACAGGAAGUGCAGCAGGAUGAAGAUUUGUUCUCCACCAGCUUCAAUCUGUUCGGUGAGCCAUACAAGACAAAUAAAGGUGAUGCCCUGGCUAACCGAGUCCAGAACACAUUGGGUAACUAUGACGAGAUGAAGGAACUUUUGACCAGCCAUUCUAACCAAAGCCACUUGGUGGGCAUCCCUAAGAACUCAGUUCCUCAGACCCCAGUGGAGAAAACUGACCAGCCCAGCUUCUUCACCGAAGCUCAGCGUGGCAGAGCCGCCUCAUCCCAGCCAGCGAACCACACCACCUCCAUGCCUCCUCCACCUACCACCAACAUGGCAGGUCCCAGCAUCCUCCAUGGGCACCAGAGCACCAAAAAGUCCCGUUCCUCCGAAUGGUCAAGAGGAGCGCAUACUUCGGGCAGCAGCCAGGUGGCUCAGGCCGCCAGCCGGGGAAAGCAGAGCUCCAGUGGGCAAGAACAGGAACAGGGUGACUCGAGCCCUGGCACCUCGUCCACCUCCACACACCCCAGCAGGAGGCACGGGCAGCCAGCCAAGGUGCCAAAUGUUGCCAGCUCACCCUGUGAGCAGGACUCAGGGUCACCUGUGGCCUCUACUUCUCUGGUACCCGGUGGUCUGUCUACGCCAACAUUCCCCCAGGGCCUGCACUGCAAGCCCAGCAGCGGAGGACAGCAAAAACCCACAGCCUACGUCCGGCCCAUGGACGGCCAGGACCAGGCACCCAAUGACUCUCCUGAGCUCAAGCCCACUCUAGAAAUCACAGAUGGAUACGGUGGAACGCCAUUUACAAGCCUGAUGGAUGGCAAAGGCAACGCAGUAGGGAGCAAGGGCAAACUUCCCAAGCUGACUCUCCCUCAAUCAGGGGAGGUCAGUCUGCCCAAUGACUCCAGCUGUGUGGAGGAGAUUUUGCGGGAAAUGACCCAUUCCUGGCCUCCUCCUCUUACUGCCAUACACACACCGGGCAAAGCAGAACAGACCAAGUUUCCCAUUCCCAACAAGGACCCCCAACACGUAACACCAGCGUACAAUGGACAAAAGCGCUGCAGCGUUCCCGGUAACAAGCCCUCCACCAAGCCUGUGCCACAGAAGUCAAUGCUGGAAGAUGACCUGAAGAUCAGCAGUGAUGAGGAAGACGGUGAACAGACUGCCGAGAAACCCAAAACCAGGAGCACACCUCCAAACCUUCCAGGGCCCACACCACGAAGCAGUGAUCCAGGUGGCCACUCCAGUGGGGCUUCUGGGAGUUCCAGCGAAUCAGAAAGCAGCUCUGAGUCUGACUCUGACAGCGAGAGCAGUUCCAGUGACAGCGAAUGCAACCGAGCGUCCCGCGCCACUACACCAGAGCCUGAACCACCGUCAACAAACAAGUGGCAGCUGGAUAAAUGGUUGAACAAAGUCAACCCUCACAAUAAGCCCCUUGCCAACACGCAGUCAGAAAGCCAUGGACUUGGAAGCUCUCAGCCAGAGGAUGGCCAAGCUACAGAGAACCAAAGCUGUAGUAAGAGCAAGCCCAGUGCAGCUCUGGCACAAGCGGACCCCAAAGACCGGGCCUUGCUCAGUCCCAUCCGAGAAAAGGCCAAGCCUAAAACAGGGCAGAAAGGUCCUGAUGGUAAGGGUACCAAAGUGAAGGCCCCAGCUUCAGUUGAUCUGCCUCCUUCAAGGAGAAGCACAGGCAAAAAGCAGCCGAAGAAAGUUGAACAGUCCUCCAGCAGUGAGGAGCACAACUGGCCCAGACCUGUCAACUCCAGCACUACACCAAAGGAGAAAGAACCUCCACCUUUAGACCCACCCAAACCUAGAGGCAAGGCUCCAGGGGGCAAGACAGCCCCCAGAAAGGAACCCCGAUCCACUACCAUAACCACACCUGCUGCCUCUACCACCUCAACUAUCAGCACAGCUCCAGAAAAGAAGAAGCACAGAGGGCCUAGCAAGAUCAUCCCCAAGUCCAAGGAGUUUAUUGAAACUGAGUCGUCCUCAUCAGAGUGCCACUCGGACCCUGAGGAACUUUCAAAAGUGCAUCUUCCCUGCCCUGGCCCUAGCAGCCUGAACUUUAAAUCUAAGGACUGUAACAGCAAUAUUCUGAGUGUCAGCAGUCUUGCCAGCACCAGCAGUACCUCUAUACCAGACCCAGCUGCCACUGACCUGCUGGAGGAUCCCCUGUUCUCCCCCAUCUCCAUGGUACAGAAUGAGCUUCUGUCACCACUACGAGACUUUGAGGACAUAAAGUCCCUGUGGGUUAAGAUUGAGCUCAGCCUCCUGUCACGGAUUCCUGGUCAGGAUCCACCUGAGCCGCUCUCUGCCAAGGCCGAGUGUCGAGAGACCAGCUUCAAGCACAGGAGACAGCAGUCACCCGCCUCCAUUCCUUCAGAGAAACCCACCAGCAAGUCAAAGAGAAAACACAAGUCAGAUCAUUGUGAAGUGUUGAGUGGGACCAAGAAGUUAAAACUGGAGAAAGAGGCCCUGCUUCUCCCUCCCUGUAUCUCUCCCAUCCACAACCACAAAGUCUCCAACACGAAAGACUCUUCGAAGAAACAGCCGAGGAAGCUCCUUCCACCUUUGCUCUCCCCGUUGUCAGACGAACCCACGGGUCGCCAGCGAAGAAGCAGCGAGAGCAGUUCUCUCAGUCUGGAAGGAAGCACAGCCGUUCCCACGACCUUACCCCCUACACACUCCCUUCCGCCUUCUUCCUCUUCGUCGUCCUCGUCAUUGUCGUCUCACAAGCACCGCAAAGGAGAGAGCAAAUCUCACUCCAAGACCAGCAGUCAGGAGGAAGACAGCCAUGCAAAGACCUCCGGGGGUUUCCAUGCCAACGGUCAAUCCGAACCGAACGUGUGGCCGAACCCUUCGUCUCUGUCCGGGGAGAAUAUUGAGCACAGGAGACCUAAACUCACGUUCAACAACACUGUUCACAAUGCGGACUACUACAUGCAGGAAGCCAAGAAACUAAAGCACAAAGCUGAUGCUCUGAUGGAGAAGUUUGGCAAAGCUGUCAAUUACGCAGACGGUGCGCUAUCCUUCAUCGAGUGCGGCAAUGCCAUGGAACGGGACCCGUUAGAGGCCAAGUCGCCGUACACCAUGUACUCGGAAACUGUGGAGCUCAUUAGGUAUGCGAUGAGAUUAAAGAACUUCACGAGUCACUCAGCCACGCUGGCGGAGAAGAAAUUAGCGGUGCUGUGCAAUCGGUGUUUAUCCCUGCUGUACUUGCGGAUGUUCAAACUGAAAAAGGAUCACGCGAUGAAGUAUUCACGCUCCUUAAUGGAGUACUUCAAGAAUUCGUCAAAAAGUUCUCAAGCACCUUCACCGUGGGGCUCCAAUGGAAAGACUACAGGAACACCAUCUCCCAUGUCUCUGAGUCCCUCCCCGAUCAACUCGGUCAACAGCAACACCGGAGCCAUGGUUUCCUCCUCCUCGUCCUCUUCCUCGUCCUCGGGCAGCAUCGCCAUCCCGCAGCGCAUCCACCACAUGGCUGCCAGCCACGUCAACAUCACCAACAACAUCCUGCGCAGCUACGAGCACUGGGACACGGCCGACAAGCUGGCCCACGAGAGCCAAGAGUUCUUUCAGGAGUUGGACUCAGUGAUGGAGCCUCUGACGCAGCACAGCAGCAUGACUGACCUGGUGCGCUACAUCCGCCAAGGACUGCACUGGCUCCGCAUCGAGGCCCAUUUGUUAUAGUGCUGGAGCUUUUCACUGUGCUCUCUUACUCUCUCUCUCUCUCUCUCUCUCACCCACUCUCCUGCUCUCCUUCUCUCUUUCUCUCACUCCUGCCACUCCUUCCAUCACUUCCUCCUUCCACCAGCACUGCCGUCUCAGAGUUGCUCCUACGCAAAACGGAGCUGAGGAACGAGUGGAACCCGAGGUGCUGUAUGAUUUUCUGGAGAUCUUGAGCACAUGGUGAAAGAACUGUGAAAACUGUCAUUGUGUACAGAACAAGGAAAAGAGAGAGAGAAUACGCUUUUCUGCGUAUAGCAGCUGGUACAGAGGACACAGGAGGUCAUGUGACUCGACCGGGCAGAUCGUUGAGACGGGACAGUAUCUUUUUGAAUCUGCUCUCUCGUUUUGUACAGUGUACAUUAUUUCCUAUAAAGUGAAAGAAAAGGGCCAAUCAGGUGCCCCGUGUGCAAUCCUUCUCUAUGUCAGUAUUGUUUCUUUGUAUUACAUGUCGACGGCUUUAUAAAAUGAUUGUGAAGGGGGUCAAAGGAGUAGGAAAAAAAAAAUAAUCAAAAGAGAUCCAUCGUUUUGAGGAAAACUCCACCCUGAAUGACUUGAAUAUUCAUAUUUACAAUAUAUUUAUAAUUAACCCAUGAUCCUUAGUGGUCUAUGAUGAUGUCACAUAUUUAUUCCGUAUUAUAUUUUCUGGACAUUUAAAGGAGACUCCCUGCAGUAAGGAUUCAUCUCCAUCGACAGAGCGUGAUGCGGCGGCGCUUUAGUCUUGUAGUCUGUCCAGCUCUUUUACCUCUCCAUCUGUGCACUCUGCUCUAACAGGUCAGCUUCCAGUGUUCCAAUCUCAUAGAAAUCGCCAUAAAUUAGCAUGACCGUGUCAUAUAACGUUCCUUUUCUGCACUCCUUCUACAUCGGAUUUCUGUUUAAACAUGAAAAAUAACAAGAAGCUCUUUUGUAUUUCUGAGAUUGCUGCACUCUUUUUUUUUAUUCCCUACAAUUAAACCCCACUUUAGCACUGUCCUCACGUGACACGCUGGCUAAAUCCUCGCCGCAUCGACUCCCAAUAGAAUCGCUCUCGAAAACAAUCACAAAAACAUUUCUAAAUGUGCUUCAGGGUGGAUUUUUCCCUUUAAAUUCCCCCUUUUGUUAAAUUUCUACAGUGCCAUAAUAAUUAACAUAGAAACGCUCACACUGGCUUUAUUGCGGAUCUGGUUAUUCUAAGGGCGCCACACGUCUAAAAAUUGUCCGAGGGUGUCGAACGGGCGUUGCAGUUGACUUCUCCAGCACACACACACACACACACACACACAGGACAGCGUCGUCUCCUUGACUCAGCAGCUCUUUUAUCUUUCCGAUAUGUACCAUACUGACUGUGUUCUAUAUGCCGACUCUUUUACUCUUCGAUGUUUGCAUGUUCACAGAGGGUGUUAUUAGAUAGUUCUAAGAGAGUCCAAGCAUCAUUAACAAUUCUUAAGAAUCCUGUGCUGUAUUUUUAUUUUUAUUUAUUUUUAAUUUUUUUUUUUUUUUGUGUGUGUGUGUCUCGUCUUGUCGAUUUUCCUGGGCAGGCAGCUUGUUUUUUUUUUUUUGUUUGUUUGUUUUUUUCUUGUUUUUUAUUUUUAAUUUUUUAAAAUUGAUUUUAAAUUUUUUUUCCCAAAAUCAGUUUCGUGCCUAAAUUUCUUCCUUCCCCUUCCUAAAAAAAAGCCCUCCUUCCUAAAUAAUUUGAAAUUAUUAGUAGCUAACCUGUAGCUCACGAACGUAAACGUCCUUUUCUUUUGUGUUUUUAUUUCUUUUCUAGCAGUGGACUCUUUAUCGCCGGUAUUUUACUGUUUAUUAUCAGUAGUACGCUGUUGACAUGCUGUCAGUGAGUGAGACGUUUCUCCAUGCCAUUCUGUUCCGAAUUUUCCGCAUAGGCGUGCAUGAGCGUGUGAGUGAAGUGCGUUAACGCAUGACCGGGGGUCAGAUUCUCAGUGGUGGCGUCAGCUCCAUUAAGCUUAUAGGUUUCACUGAGGGUCUUGACAUGUGUUUGUGUGUGUGAGAGCGAGAGAGAGAGAGAGAGAGAGAAAGAGAGAGAGAGAGAGAGAGUGUGUGUGGGCGUGAAAAGUGAAUUUCACCAAGAAUAUACAAAAGUGCCUGCGUAUGCAAUGAGAAUUUAUUAGAGUCUAUAUUUAAGAACGAGAAUGAAUUGAAAAAUCUUUCCAUACCAUAUUGGUAUAUUCAGCUCUUUUUCUUUCUCCUUUUUCUUUUUCAUACAACCACAAUUAUUUAUUGGUGUGCUUUCUACUAGUGAUGGUGAUUGUUUUUUGUUUUGCGUUAACAAAUUUCAAAAUGUAAUGACAUCUCAACAUUUCCGACCGCAUCGAUGCUCUGAUGACGCUUGAAAAUGUCUCUCUCUUGAUUUUUCCUUCUGAUGCAACACGAGUGUAAAAAGUUUCCAUCAGACAAAAAAAAAAAAACAACAACACUAAAACAGGAAAAAAAAAAAUAAAAAAUCAAAGCUACGGUCGCAGCACUGCUUAAAGUCUGACUCUCCUUAAGUUGUUAUUUUUUUUUUCCCCCCUCUAAUCCGCCUCUGCAGGAAAAUUACGAGUGUUAAAUCAACAGCCGGAGUGUGUAUGUGAGAUCAGUGUAAAUAUCCAGCGUAUUCUGGAGGCAGUUUAAGAGCGGAGGUGUUCGUUUAUCCGUGGUGAUUUUACCGUUUGUGUAUCUUUCUACGGAGCUGUGGGUUUUAUCACACAGCAAUCCGCAAAUCCCCGUAUAGUGCAAUAUAAACAAUCUUAAAAAUAGCUACCUGUAAGCACUAGUUUUAUUACAAGAGCACUACAAAACUCGCAUGCUUCCUGCUCUUGUCCAAUCUACAGAAAUUUGCAUUUACAAUUAUUUCUUUUCUUUUUUUUUUAAUGAACAACACAUUAUACAGUACUUU